AUGGCACCUAAAUUUGACGUGGGUGCAGAGAUUAACCGAAUGACAGCGAAGAGCGAAAUGUAUUUUUCAAUAAUACAAGAAACGUAUGACAUUUCCCUACAAAUUACCACCAAUACGGCAAGUAAGUUAAAAUUUCUUGAAAAAUUACACCUUAUUGAAAAUGCACGAGAACAAUGCAUAAAAUUAAGCGACGAAAUAAACAAAUUAAGAUAUUUAGAGGAUCCGAGUUUUGUACCUGAGUAUGCCGACAUGAGGGCCUUGGAAAUUUUGUACGGAAAAAUCAAACAUAUAGAAAAAAUGUUGGAUAAUCAAAAUAUAAGUAAUUCGCCAAUACCGGACAGUGUUCCAAAUCAUCAUUUACCAUCCAUAGAAGUUCCAAAAUUUUCCGGCAAUAUACAACAAUGGCCUUUAUUUUAUGAAACCUUUAGAGCAUUAAUUCAUGAAAAUACAAGAUUAGAUAACCUGGCACAUAAUGUAACCAUAUUGCCUACUGCAGUAACCAAAGUUUUCACCGAAAAUGAAAAUAUUUUAUUACGUACGAUAAUUGAUUCAGCAAGCGCUAGAAAUUUUGUCACAUUAACUUGGUGCUUAAAAGCUCAGUUACCAAUUAAACCAGUUUCAGCCAAAGCGAUGGGAUUAGUCAAUUCAUACCAGUUGUCGGUAUGUGCAUAUGUCGUGCACAAGAUCGUGGGAAAACAACCACAAACCACCAUUCCAGUUUCAUCAAUACAAACGUUCUUAAAGUACCCUUUAGCAGAUCCAAACUUUUAUUCACCACAAGAGGUCGAUGGUAUCUUGGGAUGUGAUGUUUUCAGCGAAAUUAUAGGUACUCACCAGGUAAAAAAUGAUCAAGGAGCUCCAACAGCAUUAGAAACGCAGUUGGGAUACAUAAUAAUAGGUUCUGUUCCCAAUUUAUCCCAACCUUCAAGCACAUCGACUAAUUUAUGCAAUAUUUCGAACCCAGAUCUUAACGUUCAAAUGGAUAAGUUUUUUCAGUUAGAAGAUAUUCCACAAGCAGCACUUCCUUACGACGAUGAUUAUUGUGAAAAUCAUUUUAUUGCAACAACAAAACGAUCUCCAGAGGGGCGAUACAUAGUAGCCCUACCUUUUAAAAUUAUAAACGAUUAUUUGACACAAAACCAUUUAUCCUUUGUUGCUCCUUGUUCUCUGAAGAAUAAAGUUAAUGAUUCUAGUCACAUAGAAAAUGCAUAUUAUAUUCCUCAUUUUGCAGUCGAGAAAGAAAGCUCCUCCACUCCAUUACGCGUUGUGUUUGAUGCAUCUGCAAAAAAUGCAGAAUUUACCUCGCUAAACGAAAAUUUACAUGUGGGUCCAAAACUACAAACAAACAUUUGUUCGAUUCUAUUAAAUUUUCGUAUGGGACGGAUAGCAUUAAUGGCGGAUAUCAAACAAAUGUAUAGAAAUAUAUGGGUUCGCGAACAGGAUCGAAAAUACCAAAGGAUAUUAUGGAGACCAUCACCCGAUGUACCUAUUGGAAUCUAUGAACUAAAUACAGUUACAUUUGGCUUAUCAUCAUCUCCAUUUCAAGCCAUUAGAACAAUUAAACAACUGUCGCGAGAUGAACGUUCCAAAUUCUCUGAAUCACUUAUAAAAAUACUUGAAAACGAUAUUUACAUUGAUGACGUGGUUACAAGUGUUGAUUCUUUGGAAAAUACAAAAAUCAUUGUUCGUGAUCGACAGAUCGUAUUUGCAUCUGGGGGUUUUGAAUUUAAAAAAAUGGGAAUCUAA